AUGCUACCUCCAGAACUCAUCGACAACCUUGCAGACUACUGUUCCCUAGGCUCCCUCUACUCUCUCAGCCAAACAUCCACGGAGUGGAAUACGGUUAUCGAUGACUCAGAUUUCGAACGGCAACUGAUCAAGAGAUGUCCGUGGUACGAGCUGGAAUAUUCUCCCAGAAACUGCUGGAAGCACUGUGCAAAGAUGUACAUCUUACGGAACCCGGGGAACUGUGACUUGAUUUCAGAUUUUAGGUCGUUGAGCAUCCAACCCAAAUGGUCUGUUCCUUCGCAGUGGUCUGACUGUGUAUAUCCAGUUCACAAGGACAAAAGGCUUCCAGAAGAUUUCUAUGGCCUGAAAACCCCCGUUCGCAAGCAGUCCAAGUUUCGCAUCCACAACCAAGGUGUUAGCUUCGGAAAGUACUACGUGAAUUUGAGCGUUUCUGGCGAGAGACCUACGCCGGAGGACAAUACCGGAUGUGGAGCUGGUCUCAUGAUAAACAUUCCCGAGUAUUCAAAUUCGCAUGAGACAAUGUACACCGCAUCGGGGCCAAUGGUUCAGGCAGUUGUCUUUUUCAACGGACAGAGGAGCCUGUUGGUGUACAAAUACAAGGGGGAGGAGCGCCAGGCGGAGAUUGAUAUCAGUCAAUAUGUGAAUCUUACUGAACAGCGAGUUCUGCUUUAUGUUUCUUUCCGAAAUGUCUUUCUGGUCUCAAAGGUGUCCUCUGACGACGUCAAGACGUUUAUGGUGAGCAACCAUGAGCUGAAACUCAUCAACACCCAGAAGAGAAGAUACAUUCCAACAGGCAUAGUUUGUUACGAUGGAAUAUUGUCUGAAAUUCAUUUUUGUGCACUUCUUGGGGGGAUUGAUGUUGUGGAAAUGGAUUCGGCCGAAGCUGACCCCAGCACUCCAUUCAAUCGAAUGAAGACUGUAAUUCAGGAUUCGGUUCACAGCCGCUACGCUGUUUUGUAUAAACAAACUGGCCUAAUCUGUGGCAUUCUAGAUCUUGAAAAGAAGCAAAAAAUGGACUUCUUCCUACGAUCGAGCCUCGAAGAAGAUUGGGCACAUGGACAUCUGGUUAUGGCUGGUGUGUCCAAGGGCGAGGUCGGACUAUGGGCCUUUUCCCAUGCGUAUAUCAAAAGAGAGCUGGAGAAGGUCUCUUUAGAGAAGGUAUAA